AGCGGUAUUCCCGAGUGUAGCUCGGGGUAAAAUGUCAGUACUAAAAGUGGUAACCCCCAGCUACACUCGGGCUUACCAUGCGGCGUUGCUCUGGGAGUCCCUGCAGCACUUACCUUGUCCUUCGCUCCCAUGAUGUGUCCCCUGCAGCGUCCACGGCCAUCUCCUCCAGCCGAUGCUGGCAUCUGGUCCCUGUGACGUCAAAUUUGAAAUUUUUAAAAAAUUUAAUUUUUUUAAAAUGACUAUUACAUAUGCUUUGUCCUGUGCCCUGCCUGCAUUUUGACUGUUCUUUCUG